AUGCGGCUUGCUCGUAGGGUUGCGCACCGAUACACUUUUUUAUCGCGCGCACUCUCGUUUCUCAGUCUGUCAGUCUGUCAGUCUGUAAGUCUGUCAGUCUGUCAGUCUGUCAGUCUCGCUCUGCGCAUGAAUGCUGAUGUGACGAUGACAUCUAAGAAGUUAUUACUGCUGAGAAGGGGGAGGAAUAUAUUAUUCUCGCUUUUAAUGCUAUCGUAUCACCCGUUUCCUAUGGACACAUCUUUUAAAAGACAAAUUCUUAUUGAUCGGUUAAUUUUCCUUUUGGGAUAUAAGGCAUUUUGUUCUUCGGUAAGAAUUUUUGCCGAUCUCACAAUUGAAGGAAAGCUUUUUUCCAUGAAGGAGGUCGUGUCCGUAUUUCGCUUCCAUACGACUGAAAAAAAUGACAAAUACAAUACAGAAAGGAGUUUUAGCAAUCACACUAUCACAAAAAUAGACCGUGAAUGA